CACACACACACAUACCGAUCGACAUCGCGCCGUUUUUAUCUGCCUCACCAGCUCCGGUUUCCCCCACGUUCAGCCUUUCCCCCCGUCAACUGCCGCCAUGUUUUUUUGAGGCAGAAUGACAGCAGAGAGCGAGCGCAGACGAAGACGGAUAUAAGACUGAAAAACCGUCGAAUUACGGCGUUUUUUUCGACCAGGCGACGGCCUAUUUUUUAUUGCGGACUCGUGAGGAACUCAUUUGUCGGUAUAUUUGCAAAAACCAAGGGCUGAAUUCUAGCAUUAUUUUGUUUUUCUAUGGCGUAGGCACAUUUUUCCUAAUAUAUAUCCUUUUAUUUCAGGAUGGGAGGGGGUCCUCCCACAUAAAUAGAAAAUCCAGAAAUUAUUCUUUUCUCCGUUUUGAAGUUUAUGCCAUGAAAAAGCAAGAAGUCAGAAGCCUGACUGAAGAACAACCUAUUCCUGCCUGCGCUUAACUACCUCGACCAGCGAACCUACAGGAAUAACCAGACGAGUGAUCUCUGCAUGAGCAACUGCUCUACCACAAGUCACCUGCUGUCAAAACUUUGUUUCUUAAGCAAACUAAAGGAAGAAAAACAACUUUUAAUCUAAAGCGAAGAUCCGACAGAAAACGUUUCAAAGAUGACGGGCAACAUCCCAGUUGACAUGAUCAACUUGAGGCUCAUCUUGGUGAGUGGAAAAACAAAAGAGUUCCUGUUCUCGCCAAACGACUCCGCGGCCGACAUCGCGAAGCAUGUGUAUGACAACUGGCCAAUGGAUUGGGAAGAGGAGCAAGUGAGCAGUCCGAACAUCCUGCGCCUAAUCUACCAAGGUCGAUUCCUACACGGCAAUGUGACGCUAGGAGCUUUAAAACUGCCUCUUGGAAAAACCACAGUGAUGCAUUUAGUUGCCAGAGAGACGCUGCCCGAGCCAAAUUCCCAAGGUCAAAGGAACCGGGAAAAGACUGGAGAGAGCAACUGUUGUGUGAUCCUGUAAAUACAUCCCAUCAUCCCUCAGAACGAGUGUGUCCCGUCACCCUUCGCCCAUGCUGCUUAAACAAAACUAAUCACAUCUGACUCCCACAAGCACCUGACCAGAACAAGAGCUUCACCUGGAAAGGAAAAAAAGAUCACCCGAGACACGGAUCAGAGAACAUUUCGGCUUCGCACAGCCCAUAUUUAAGCCAAAAGAUGUGAAAAAAUCAGAUAAUAAAAUGCGCCCCACCUUCACACACACACAUUUCCACCCUUUCUAACACCUUCGCGUGCAUCCAUGAGACCUGUAACUCAUUCAAAAACACACACACACACACACACACACACUCCUCCCCUUCUGCCAGUUUGCACACGGAGGAGGCCCUCGUUUCUCUGUUUUUUAUUGCACAUAGUAAUUGAAUGAUUCAGUGAGGAAAAAGAGACUUGUUCGCCUCAGCCGAGGUGAUUCUUCCUCUCAGGAGGGAGAAGUGUGAGGGGGGAAAUUAAUUUACACAGGGUCUGACGAACUUUUCACAUCUAUCGACGCGCCACACGCUCACCCGGCUCGGCUCGGAUCUGGCGCGGAGGCGGAAAGGCACGCCGUCACCUACGUCUGAAAGAAUAGCACACGCUUCACCGACGGAUUAAACCUAAGCUACAGUCGCCCUCCCGGACUGUUCUCGACAAAUGCUAACCGCCACACAGUCUGUUGAUUUCAGCGCAGGAGAACAAGUAUUGAUGUGCCUGAUGAACGUAGAAAUGUACGUUUCCAUGCGUUUAAAUGCCCCAUUCUGGUUUUGGAGGUCCAGUUCCUGUACGGCGGUGUGUUUCAAGCACAGUCGGGACUUUGCGGGAAGGCCGAUCUCCAGAAGUUGGUUCGAUUCACUCGUGGAAAGUCUGAAAUAUGCGUAACGAGUACCAGUAACAUUUGCGACUGUGUUUUGACAGUCAACCAGUGUUGCGUCUGCCCUCUUUAGAUAGAUCUGAGCUGCUCUCUUUCAGGAAGGGUAAUGAGAUUUAUCCCUUUAUUUUCUAAGUGUAGUGGUGUAAAUUAAUGCUUGCGUUUGGAGCCAGAAGAGAACUAUGGAAUGAAGUUUGGCUUGGUUUCUAUUUCCCCUUCCUUGUUAGAUAUAAAAUUUGUUUGCACAACAGAAACAUGAGCGGUUUCGUUUCUAAAUCUGUGUAAUUUUUUUUCUUUUUCCCCUGCUCCCUUUUUAAUAUUUUUCCAAAUGGGAAUUGUAUUCGAAGGUUACAUAUGUGUAGAGUAUAUUUAAUAUGAAUCUUAUAGAGAACAUAACUAUAGAUUGUUGAUAUAUAUUGGUGUCUAGUGUAUGAUAGUCUAAAAACAGUUAGCACAUUAGCAUUUGGAGCAGUGAGACGCUGACGAUUUCAUGUACUUUAACAGCAGCAAAUCCCUCUCUAAUGGCUGAAGAAAUUACUGUUUCCUUCUUUUUCAAAUGUUUAUAAUUUGAUACGUUUUUCUUCCUUUUUCUUUUUAUGUGGUCUUUGCUUUCUGCUUUUUAACACCGCACUAGGUCUGAAAAAUAUUGGUCCUUAUCAGGGUUGAAAUCUGUACAGAGCUGAAGUUUUUAAAAAGAUAAUUGUAAAUAAACUAAUGCUUCUCAUUCUCUAAACUACAAAUGGAAAUACAUCUAUAAACUGAAUAAAGAAUCCAGAAUAUUGAA